CCGACAUUCAAGACUAAACUCUCAUUCUCUCAAAACCAUAAGAAGAACAAGACCAUAUUGACACUCACCUUAUGCAAUCGACCAUCGUUCAUUGUCAACCCCAUCCUUCCGUCGUUGAUAUCACCGAUCGUCAACUCUUCCGCCGCUCCAAUUGUCAUCAAUUUUGUUGUUGGACGAUAUUUACCGUCGCGAUUUCUAUCUCUCUAUCAAAAUCAGAAACUUACGCGGUUGCUGCCAUCGACCAUCGUCAACCUUUUCGCCUUCAACCUCCAUCUCCGGUUUCAACAUUUGCUUCAUGGAAGGACAAGAAAGUUUCGAGUAUAUAUCUUCUUCUAACUAAAGUAAACAGACUUGUUAGUGUCUUCCAUAUGAACAUUAGAGUAAAACCAUGAAUGAUUCUUCCCAAAUAAGUAUUUAGUUUAAUAGCUUUAUGUUUUGAGAGUUACUAGCACUACAUGUAGAUUUAUCAAAAUUUGAAGACAUUUGUAUUUUAAAU